CACACUUCUAUGUGGCUUGAAAACAGAUUGCGCCUUCUUUUUUUUUAUUAUUAUUAUUUUCAUUUACAUAUGCAUAUAGCAGAAUCAGGGAGAAUACCUCAUACCCAGUGAACCCUACAACCCAUGCCCGCCUAGUAAGCUUCAUCCCCAAUGCGGCGUUCCAAGGUCCCGUCCAUGCGCCCCGCAGCAAAGCGAGGAAAUGAAGAUCCGCAUCUGAAAGUGGAGCCACAGUCACCCUGCUCCUGGAACAACAGCAGUCUACCCAGCGAGUGGGGCACCUCAGGGGGCUCCCAAAGCCUGGGACCUCGAGCACUCAAGGCAGGCGAGAAUCCCCUCAAAGACAGCCGCAUCUUUCAUGUGCUCUGGCGCAAUCAGACCACCAAAAAGCACAAGACGUGGACUGGCAACGGCACCCUGGUGGUCACUGGAUCCGUGAUAACAUUAAAGGAUGACACCGGCAAGGUGGUGGACACCAUGACAUACUUUAAGCAGCGGGAACUCCGAGAGAACGAUCAGCUGGAAGUGGGCAGCAGGGAUGUGGAGGUUCAGGAGGAGGUUAAAACUGUGGAGGAGUGCUUUACACAGCGCCAGCUGGAAAUAGCCAAUUGGUGCCAGAAAAUAGAUGCCCAGAAUGGUUAUGCAGACACAUCGCCAUCUCCUGCAACCAGUGCUCCCUUCCAGUCCCAUCUGCUCAAGAAGAUCAAGCGCGAGGCGGAUGCACAGAGUCCAUCGCCUUCGGAAAUCAUCCAACAUAAAAUGGAACAUGUACCUUAUAAAGACCCCUCUUCCGGCACUUCGAUGGAGAAUAAAAUGUUUAAUCAAAACUCUUUGAAGAAAGAAAAUCCCUCCAUGGAGUUCACACAAUCGGAAUAUCUGUGUCUACUAACUCCAGCUGAACUACAGAAAAGAAUACUACUUUUUCUUUCAGAAUAUGCAGAAACUUGCAAGGCGGAAUCGCCAUUGCUGAAAGAAAUGGUGCAAAUUGUUUGCGAUCAUCCUGUGCUCCUAAAAACUUUAGGCAAGAAAACAGAGUUUCAGGAAAUAAUGGAGGUGCUAGACUCCAUGCUACCACCGUGGUCAGACAUGGGACUCUACGACGCCGCCAAGUUCGAGUUUCUACACGUGAUGCUGGACAAUUUAGUGGCGGAGCGAGGAGAGAAAUGCUGCAUAUUGGCAAACAGUGAGGAUUGCCUUACCCUGGUUAGGGGCUACUGCCAAAGUUAUAGUUUAGACCAUGCGCAACUAGAUGGUCCCCAAAAGGUGGAUUUAUUUAAUUCUCUUGCGGAAGGGGAGCCAAUGGUUGGCUUAAUUCUCACUAGUGACUUGUUGGAGCUUCGAGCUCUCCGCUGCAAACACCUAAUUAUUUAUAACCACAACGCCAGGGAGCACGCCAACCAGCUGCUGGAUGUUGGUGCAAUGGACACCACAAUAUACACUCUCAUAACAGCUGGUGGUUCUCAGGAGGAGUUGCAGUUCCAUAGGCAAAUGGCCCGAAUGGCAGAUGAUGAUUCUCUUGAAGAUCUUCGCAAUUACCAAAGCCAACUUAUACCAAGCGCCACUAUUAAUCUGGCAGACUGGACCAAAAUUGAGCCACCUUUUGACUGUGAUUUCUUUGAGGAAACUGCUAUUUCGGAUAGUCUGGAUUGUAUUCAACAGGUUUAUUCAAAGCAAAUAAAGGUGAAAACUUGAACAACUAAAA